AUGGAUAAGUGGUGGGAAUUUCCUAGAUGGAGUUAUGAUUAUCAAAAAGGAGCGGAUGAAUACAUUGAAAAAGCUUUUGCUACAAGGUCCCAAGGAAAUCAAAUUAGUUGCCCAUGUUGUAUGUGUUAUCAUCGAUAUUGGUAUGGUCGGAAUGACGUGAAAGAUCAUAUCAUUUGCAAUGGUUUUGUACCAAGAAGUGAUGAAUUUUCUGGGUUUGGGAAGAUGGGUGAUGAAACAGAAUUAGAGGCACAUGAUGAACCAUUGAACAUGAAUGAUGGUAUACAAGAAAUGUUUAAUGUUACUCUGAGAGAAGGGCCAAAUGAUGAGGCAAAGAAGUUUCUUAGUCUAAUAGAAGAAGGCCAACAAAAAUUAUAUCCUGGUUGCAAAAAAUUCUCUAGACUUGCGUUUACAAUUCGCCUUUAUAUAUACAAGUGUGAUCAUAAGUUGAGUAAUGUUGCAUUUUCUGCUUUGCUAGCAUUGUUUAAGGAAGUUCUACCCGAUGAUUCUGUAUUGCCAACAUCGUUGAAUGAGGCAAAAAAAGUGUUGAAAGUUUUAGGUUUAGAUUAUAAAAAAAUCGAUGCGUGCCCUAAUGACUGCAUGCUAUAUUGGGAGGAGCAUGCAACUGCAACAAGUUGUCAUGUUUGUGGGGCCUCAAGGUGGAAAUCGAAGGAAAAUGAUCACACUGAAUAUACCUUAGAAAAGGCACAUAAAAUUCUAGCAAAAAUUCUAAGAUACUUUCCACUUAAGAAAAGGUUGCAAAGGUUAUAUAUGUGUGCCGAAACUGCUAAUUACAUGAAAUGGCAUGCAAAUGGUCGAGGAAAAGAUGGACUUAGACUUUUGCAACAUCCGGUGGACGGUGAAGCUUGGAAGAACUUUGGCUAA